AUGUGUUCAAAAAUUAACUCUAAACCAUCCAAUGGUUUCAAUCGUAACGAAGAUCCAGCUUUAUUUAAAGCUGCACUUCUUAGUGGUCCACCUGGUAUCGGUAAAACUACAGCUGCUCAACUUGUUUGUGAACAUCUCAAUAUGGAAUAUAUUGAAAAAAAUGCAUCAGAUCAACGUUCAAAAAAAUUAGUAGCUACUUUCUCAAGUGAUUCACAUAGUGUUGCUUCAUUUACUAAUAAAUCAACAAUGUCAAAUUGUGUAUUAAUUAUGGAUGAAGUUGAUGGUGUAGCUGGUAAUGAAGAUCGUGGUGGUAUACAAGAACUUAUUUUACUUAUUAAACGAACUCGUAUACCCAUCAUUUGUAUUUGCAAUGAUCGUCAACAUAAAAAAAUACGUUCAUUAGCUAAUUAUUGUUAUGAUUUACGUUUUUAUCGACCAACUGUACAACAAAUCCGUGGAGCAAUGAUGACAGUUCUUCAUCGAGAAAAUAUUCAUCAAAUAAAACAAGAAACAUUAGAUGAAAUUAUAAAAUCAUGUAAUCAAGAUGUUCGUCAAACGCUUCAUUCAUUGAAUUUAUGGGCAAUUGAAGGUGAAACAAAUCCUAAUGCAGCUAAAAUGAUUAAUAAAUCAGUUAAUAAUAAUCCAUUUGAAUUAUGUCGAGUAUCAUUUUCUGAUGAUUUACGUCAAAAAUCUUUAUCAGAUAAAUUAGACAUAUUUUUCUAUGAUUAUCAAUUAAUGCCAUUAUUAAUUCAAGAAAACUAUUUACAAUGUGCACCAACAUUAUCUAAUUCAGAUAAUCAUAAACAAAAAGUAACUGAUCUUGAACAAUUAAGUUUACUUGCAAAAGCUGCAGAAAGUAUGUGCAUUGGUGAUGUAUGUUCACAAAUGAUCUACAGUAGAAAUGAUAGUUGGUCAUUAUUACCAUAUCAAGGAAUUUUUUCAACUGUUGCACCAUGUUCUUAUGUUCGUGGUCAUUUACGUGGUAUGGUAAAUUUUUCAUCAUUCUUUGGUCAACGUUCUCGCACGAAUAAAAAUGAACGAUUAUUAAAUGAAAUUGAAAAACAUAUUUGUCUGAAAAUUGCAUCUGCAAAUAAACAACAAUUUAAUUUAGAUUAUUUAUCUUAUAUAGCUAAAAUAUUUAUUCAGCCAUUACAAAAAUUACAACAACAAGGAGUUGAACAAUGUAUUGCAUUACUUGAUGAAUAUUAUCUUAAUCGAGAUGAUUUUCAAACAAUUAUGGAAUUAAAUACAUGGGGAAAAACAGGCAAAAAUCCAUAUGAUCAACUUGAUACACAAACAAAAUCUUCAUUAACACGUAUUUAUAAUAAAACUGCGCAUCGAACGCCAUAUGCAGUAAUUGAUAUGAAAAAAUUGAAGAAAUCAAAAGGAAAUUUAGAUGAAGAUGAUGGUGAAGAAAGUGAUGGUGAUGAAGAAGAUAAAGAAAAUGAAGAAGAAGGCGAUUUGGAACAAGAUGCAAUGAUAAAAAUGGCUAAAAAACGUGCCGCAAAACCUGCUGCCAAAAAACCUAAAGGAAAAUAG